AACUAUAUUAUGUAAUAUUAAACUAUACAAUAUAGAUCAUUCAUUGCAAUCUUUUACUUUUAAAUGUAAAAUAGAAUCAUUACAAAAAAAGAUAAUAGAAAUUUGUGUGAAGUUUACACUUGUAUGAGUAUGGUUAACUAAAUGUAAGCUAAAUAUUUAAUUUUGAUCAAUAUACAUAAACCAAGAUUCAUAUCAAUUACAACACCAAAACAUAACUCAUGCUUAUGUACUGUAGAAUAUCAUUUCUAUUAUAUGUUUUCCAAAUAAAAUAGAAAAAAGCAUGUAAGCUCGAGUUUUUAAAUGGUUCCCUGCCCUCGUCCAAUAGCUUUCUCUUGCGCCUCACCAUGGAAGCCCCCACUUUCGCCACUGUUAAAACCAGCCACAAUGGCAAAGUCUUGAAGAACAUAACGGAUUGGCUUCCCCGCAAACAGCCACUAGAUCUCAAAUUCCUUCUCAGUUACCAACUGACGGCUAUUCCAUAUGAGUAGAAUACUUUAAAACAAACCUAGGCAGUGUGAACAAACAAAGAAAUUACAGGUUGCGGUCAAUGGAAUGGAAAACAUCAGUCUAUAUACGUAUGGUAUAGCAUACAAAUAUACUAGAAUAGAAAUCAGCAGAUUACACAAAAUGGAACGGAAAAUAAAGAGCCAGUGGCUUCGAAAAAUAGAUGACAAGUAACACGAGAACAAAAAAACUAGGGAACAAGUGGAUGUUUCACCGCAAAAUGUUUUACCCCGACAAAUUGACUAAUCAGAAGCAGUUAAAAAAUACUUACAAAAGCGAGCAAACAUAAACACUCAAUCAACCAUCAUCAUUUGUUUUUCCCUAUUUUACCAGACAUGCAACAAAAGCGAAGUAGAUCAAACCAGAGGAACAGCCGAUUCGGCGAAAAACAACAAUAUAUUUCAGCAGGUACAACAAACACGAACACUUAAUCAACCAUCAUACUUGAUUUCACCGAUUUACUCAGAUUCCAAGACAAAAAAAACUUAAGCCACAAUCAGAACUUACAGUCUGUGUCAUAUUUCCCCUGAUUCCCAAUUCCGAGAAGCUGAGUCACCGUUAUCAUGGAAUAAGUGAUUUUGAUCGGAGAGAAACAUCAUAAACGUUGGCGGUGUAUAUGUGGUGGCCAAAUCGUUGAUGAAGACUAUUAUUCACCUUCAAAAACCAAAAGAAGGUAAGGUAAAAAUGAGAGGGUGUGAAUAACAUAAGAAUGUGUGAAUAACGUAGGGACACGAGUUGCUUUUCCACAAUGAGUAUUAAUCAUUGUUUUCUUUUUCUUUUGCAGGUUUUUCCGGUUAUUACUAAGGGCAAUAUGACAAUAUUGUAUCAAAAAGAAAAAAUAUAUAGGUGUAUUAGGACAUUUAAUCAUAAUUGUUCGAAGGUCGUACAACUCAAUUUCCCUUAGUUCUAUUUCCAACUUGCUGACUGUCGUAUAUCUUAUUUUCUAAGGAUAUAACAUAACCUUUUUCAAUUGUACACGAAAGUAUUCAAGAGAGCUCGAGUCAGUAUUAAUAUCAUUAGCCCUGGAUAUCAUGAGUUUUCGAAACCGAUAUCAAAAGCUAAUCUUAUACAAUUCCAGUAUUCCUACACAACUUAGGAUGAUUACUGUUGAAAGUUGAAUAUUACAACAACAAACAAACAAAACAACAGUAACGAUGUUCAUUAAACCAUUAAUUAUUCUUGUCAACGAAGUUGUAUGUAAUAAAGUAUAAAAUCUUGAAAAAAAGACGGUCCGUUCAAACCAGAUUGCCAUUUUCUCAAGUAUAAAAUGGACUUAUUUUUAUUCCAAUAAUAUAUAAAAUAAAUAAAAGUCGACGGCAGCGACUAAAAAGCUUCAGAAACACACACAAAAGAAGAAAAACUCAACCUUUGAAAAUUUCGAUAAUAAAUUACUAAAGGAAAAUUCAAAGUCUCAUUAGCGUAUGUUGUUGAAUUUUACCAUUCCACUCUUUUCCCCACAUUUUCGCCACACUUAUUUCCCAUCAAAUACACACACAUGUUUAUAUAUAGACAUACACUUCCACAUUAUUCAUUUCAUUCAUUACUUAGAUGGCUAGUGAAAUUCAAGAAAACAAAAAGAGAGGAAAACAUUCAUUACCAGAUGGCUCCGUGUCGUACGAUGGUUUUGCUCUGUCUUGUUCUGUUUCUGGCGGCGAGUAGUACCUCAACAAGAAUUGGAGUCACCACCGUGGAGAUGAAGAAUAAGAAGAGCUUAGGGUUUAAACGCAGCUAUAUUUUUGGUUACUUGCCCAAAGGAGUUCCCAUUCCUCCUUCUGCUCCUUCUAAUAGACAUAAUUCUCUUGUUGACUCCCUUCCUCAUUGAUUUCAUUUUGUAUGCUUCUAUGUAUUUUUUGUAUGUUUAUUUUGUAGAUUAGAGACAUACAGGAUUACACUCUUUGUAUAUACUUGCAUACUAUUGAUUUUUUUUUUCAGAUGUUUUGUGGACUAGUCUAUGUAUUAAACUCAUGAAUCAUGAUGGCCAUAUAAAGAUCAAGAAAUUCAAUUAA